AUGGAUUUGAUGCAAGAAGAGCUACACAGAGUUGUCCUGGAGUGGAAUGUUCAUAGAAUUAGACCAUCUGCCAAUCUGGAAUCCCCUUCUGAGAAGCCAGAUUUUCUUUACUUUCUUCCGGAGCUGAAAGGUGCGCAAGAUUAUUCUACCCUGAUCGACGUAGACAAAAUUGAAAUUGCAGACCAAAUGUGCGCAACGUGACCACAAGCAAAAGGAUGUUGUCCUGCCUUCAAGGAUCUGGGAGAANCCUGGAGUGGAAUGUUCAUAGAAUUAGACCAUCUGCCAAUCUGGAAUCCCCUUCUGAGAAGCCAGAUUUUCUUUACUUUCUUCCGGAGCUGAAAGGUGCGCAAGAUUAUUCUACCCUGAUCGACGUAGACAAAAUUGAAAUUGCAGACCAAAUGUGCGCAACGUGACCACAAGCAAAAGGA